GUCUAUAAAAUAAUUGGAGAGUCCAUGUUGUUGAUCCACACCAUCCAACAAUAUUCAAAGAAACAUAUAUGGAGACAAGAAAGCCAUACAUUGCUGUGCUCAUCAUUCAGUUGAUCUAUGCAGGCAUGGCUUUAUUAUCCAAAGCCGCCAUAGAUGAAGGGAUGAAUACUUAUGUUUUUGUUGCUUAUCGUCAAGCAUUCGCCACCAUUUUCUUAGCUCCAUUUGCUUUCUUCCUGGACAGAAAGAUCAGUGUUCCCUUGUCAUAUAACGUACUGUGGAAGAUCUUCUUGGUUUCUUUUAUAGGGAUUACUCUGAGUUUAAAUCUCUACUGUUUUGCAUUGAAGUACACUUCAGCAACCUUAGCAGCAGCCACCACUAACAUAAUCCCUGCUCUAACCUUUAUGAUGGCAGUUAUAUCAAGGGUGGAGAAGGUGUCAAUUAAGCGGUCACAUGGGAUGGCAAAAGUGUUGGGGUGUUUGGUUAGCUUUUGUGGAGCGUUGGUGUUUGCUUUUGUUAAAGGGCCACAUAUAACGUUGUUGGAUUUGUGGUCAAGUGGAAGUCAAGAAGAGGCAUCAAGCAAGGUAGUGAAGUUUAGUUUCAAGUGUGAGAUGGUAAAGGGGACUUUGGUGAUGUUGUCGGCCAAUGUAGUAUGGUCAAUGUGGUACUUAAUGCAGGCACAUGUGCUAAAACAAUAUCCGGCAAAGGUACGCCUCACAACUCUGCAGUGUUUGUUUAGCUGCGUGCAGUCUUUGGUUUGGGCCAUGGCAAUGGUAAGGGAUACUUCAUCAUGGAAGCUUCACUGGGAUGUUAAUCUCCUCUCAGUCGCCUAUUGUGGCAUAAUUGUGACGGGCAUUACAUAUUGGUUACAACUUUUUACAGUGGAUAAGAAAGGGCCAGUCUUCGUGGCCAUGUUUACUCCACUAGCACUCAUUGUAACUGCAGUAGUUUCUGCAUUUUUGUGGAAGGAAAAACUUUAUUUGGGAAGCUUGUGUGGCGGAUUACUGCUGAUAGUGGGCCUGUAUGGCUUCUUGUUGGGGAAAAACAUGGAAGCAAAGCAGCUGCAACCAUUAGAUCCAAAAGAGGAAUCCACAAUGGACUGCACUAUAUACACAACAUAACUCAUUAUAUAUAUAUAUAUAUAUAUAUAU